AGGGGCGCCCCCGCCGCCCCGCCGGCGGCCCCGCGGCGCCCCCGCGGCGCCCCGCGGCGCCUCCCCCCGCCAUGGCGCUCCCCGAGACGAUGCGGGCCGUGGUGGCGGAGGGAGGCCGGCUGGUCGUCCGGAGGGUGCCGGUGCCGAAGCCCAGCGACAGCGAGGUGUUGGUGCGCGUGCACGCGACUGCGGUGAACCGCGACGACACGCUGCAGCUCAGGGGCGACAGCCCGCUGCCGCCAGGCACCACCGACGUCCUCGGGCUGGAGAUGGCCGGCACGGUGGUCGCAGGGGGCUUCGGAGACUGGAAGCCUGGCGACAGGUGCAUGGCGAUGGUAGGCGGUGGCGGGUACGCCGACUACGCCCUCGUGCCGGAAGGCCUCCUGAUGCGGGUGCCGAAGAAGGGCCUGGACCUCCCCUCGGCCGCGGGCAUCCCCGAGACGUGGCUGACCGCCUUCUCGCUGCUGCACCAGAUGGGGAGACCUGGCGCAGGCGACUUUGUGCUCGUCUACGCCGCCGGCUCCGGCGUCGGCACGGCCGCCAUCCAGCUGGCCAGCGCGCACGGCGCACACGUCAUCGCCACCGCUGGCUCCGAGGAGAAGCUGGCGACCGCCAGACGGCUCGGGGCCACGGCGUGCUUCAACUACAAGGAGGGCCCGUUCGCGCAGGGAGUGUUGGACGCGACCGGCGGCAAGGGAGUGCCGCGCCUAG